AUGGCGAUCCCUCUCCUCUUGCUCCUCGUUCUCUGCUCAGCUUCAGCGGAUGAGUACGGGGACGAGCUGCUGCGGCGCGCGUGGGGGGAGCGGGAGUGGAUGGUGAGCGUGCGGCGGCGCAUCCACGCGCACCCGGAGCUCGCGUUCCGGGAGCACCGCACCGCAGCCCUCGUCCGCGAGGAGCUCGAGCGCCUCGGCCUCUCCACCCGUGCCGUCGCCGGAACGGGCGUCGUCGCUGAUGUAGGCUCCGGGGCGCCCCCCUUCGUGGCACUCCGCGCCGACAUGGACGCGCUCCCGCUCCAGGAAUUAGUGGAGUGGGAGCACAAGAGCAAGGUGGACGGAGUGAUGCACGCCUGCGGGCACGAUGUCCACACAGCGAUGCUUCUGGGGGCAGCAAAGUUACUCAGUCAGCGUAAGGAUCAGCUCAAGGGAAUAGUGAGACUCCUUUUUCAACCUGCCGAGGAAGGUGGUGCAGGUGCAUCUCAUAUGAUAAGUGAAGGGGUUCUGGAUGGUGUUGAAGCCAUAUUUGCAAUGCAUGUUGACUAUCGGAUACCAACUGGUGUAAUAGCAGCUCACCCAGGACCAACACAAGCAGCUGUAUGUUUCUUUGAAGCAAAAAUAGAAGGUAAAACUGGGAUGGCUGAAACCCCACACUUAAAUGUGGAUCCUAUUGUCGCUGCAUCAUUGGCCAUCCUGUCCCUGCAGCAGCUUAUUUCCAGAGAAGAUGAUCCUCUUCACAGCCAAGUGGUCUCAGUUACCUAUGUGAAAGCUGGAAAAGCCCUUUAUGCUACCCCUGACGUCGUUGAAUUUGGAGGUACUUUGAGGAGCCUCACCACUGAAGGCCUUUAUCGUCUGCAGAGAAGGGUUAAAGAGGUAGUAGAAGGCCAGGCUGCAGUACAUAGAUGCAAGGGAGCCGUUGAUACGAAGGGUGAGGACUACCCAAUAUACCCUGCUGUUGUGAACGAUGAGAAGCUGCAUCGCCAUGUAGAGGAUGUCAGCAGACGCUUGCUUGGCCCAGACGAGGUGGAGCCUGGAGAGAAGAUCAUGGCAGGCGAAGACUUUGCUUUCUACCAGCAGCUGAUUCCCGGUGUUAUGUUUGGCAUCGGAAUUAGAAACGAGAAAGUUGGCUCCGUUCACUCAGCUCACAACCCUUAUUUCUUCGUUGAUGAGGACGUCAUUCCACUUGGUGCUGCUUUGCAUAAUGCAAUUGCAGAACUUUAUCUCUCUGAGGCAUCCGCUCUGUACGAAGGAGGGGACUUGCAGUCGAGUUGA